AUGAUUGCGUCUACCAAUGGCUUCACAUCGACAUCAAUUUCCGGGUAUCCUAUUACACAUCGACUGAUAACAACACAUGACAAUGCCGGCAAAGCCGUUCUUCAUUCGUCCCAGAUCGGACAAUGGCAGUCGAUGCGCAAUGGUGCUGUGUCCAUGAACCUCAUAUACACAACAUCCGAAUUUCCUGCCCAGAUCAACGGCGAAGCUGACAUCAAAGCCCACGAGAAGAAAGUCGACGCUGGAGGUGUGGGCUUGGUGUCUGGAGGUGGGAGCGUUUGCAGGAUGGUAGAUUUUGCACCGAACAACGACCCGAUGAUGCACCGAACACAGAGCUUGGACUAUGGUGUCGUUCUGGAAGGAGAGGUGGAAAUGUUGCUGGACUCAGGUGAGGUCCACCUUAUGAGGAAGGGCGAUGUCGCUGUUCAGAGGGGGACAAUGCACGCCUGGCGCAACCCAAGUCAGUCCGAAUGGGCUAGAAUGAUGUUCGUUUUAUUAGAUUGCAAACCCAUUGAGAUCAACGGUGGUUCAUUGAAAGAAGCCCUUGCUCCGGGGCAACAUGAGAUACCACCAAGCGGGAAUGACGGGUGA